AUGGCAGUGGUCGGAGGUCCAUGUCUGGGACCUAUCGUAUCGGCGGCCUUUGUCGCCAAUCCUUCAUUAGGCUGGCGAUGGACCGAGUACUUUACCGGAAUUCUUCAAGCAAUCAUCCUCGUCAUCGACGUUGUCUUCAUUGACGAAUGCUACCCACCAAAACUUCUCGUCUAUAAAGCGCGUCGCCUUCGCCAUGAGACAGGAAAUUGGGCGCUCCACACCAAGUUCGAAGAGUGGGAUGUUAGCAUCAAAGAGUUGUCUAAGAAGUUCCUUCUCCGACCGAUACAACUUCUCAUGACACCCAUCUGUUUUCUCGUAGCACUUUACGCCAGCUUCUGCUAUGGCAUCCUCUACAUGCAAUUAGGUGGCAUUCCGAUUAUCUUUGGGGAAAUGAGAGGCUGGCCAGCUGUAAGCGCGACACUGCCAUUCCUGGGCAUCUUAGUCGGCGCAAUAAUCGGCUGCAGCAUCAAUGCCUAUAACCAGAUUCUGUACAACAAGGUCUACCAUGCAGCUGGAAAUCGCGCAGUGCCUGAAGCACGUUUGCCGCCGAUGAUGCUUGGAUCUGUACUCUUCUCCGCUGGUCAAUUCAUCAUGGGAUGGACUGCGGAUCCACAGUAUCCUUGGAUCGCUCCUGUCAUCGGUCUCGUGUUGAUGGGAACCGGUUUCUUCACCAUCUUUCAAGCUGCUCUGAACUACUUAGUUGACACUUUUACAUUGUAUGCGGCGAGUGCAGUAGCGGCGAAUACCUUCCUUCGAAGCGCUUUUGCAGGCGCUUUUCCAUUGGUUGUCACGCCGUUAUAUCAUAACAUUGGAGUUGGUCCCGCAAGUAGCAUUACUGGUGGUUUCGCAGCACUGCUUAUCCCAGUGCCUUUUGUGUUCUACAUAUACGGGAAACGGAUCAGGCGGUCAAGCAAGUGGAGCCGUGGUAGCGUGUUCGAUUGA